AUGAAUCUGAAUAAUUCAUCUUCUUUAUCAACAUCCGUUUCAUCAUCCACUUCCAACACUACUUCAACUUCAUCUUCGUCUUCUUUAUCAUCAUCUUCUUUAUCAUCAUCCUCUUUAUCAUCUUCAUCUUUAUCAUCUUCACCUUUAUCAUCUUCACCUUUAUCAUCUUCACCUUCAUCCUCAUCCUCUUUAUCAUCAUCUUCUUUAUCAUCAUCAGACGCUGAUUCAUCAUCGGCAUCACCUAAUUUGGCAGUAGGAAAUAAUAAUAAAAUAUCUAAUUGGACAGAUCAAGAAUUCUUGGAAUUGGAAAAAAUUUUACAUAAUUGUAUUCCAUUAAUUCGAUUUAUUUCUAUUACAUCAAGUGAUUUCUAUGAUAAAGUUUGGCCAUAUCAUAAAAUUAUUCCAGAUGAUUUAAGAGAAGAAUUACUUCAUUUUCACUUGAAAAAGAAUAUUACUAUUCCCAGUCCAACCAUAAUAAUUCAUCAAGAAUUCCACGAUUUUUAUUACCACCUCGAUUUACUUGAUUCUAAAUUAUUUAAAAAUUAUUCUUCAUCUUUAUCAUCUUUUUCUUCAAGUAAUUCAAAUAAUUUACAUCAUAAUUCAAGUAAUUCAAGUAAUUUAAAUAAUUCGAGUAGUAGUUCAAGUAAUUCGAACGGAUAUUAUGAUAAUGGAAUUAAUCAUCACAAUCAUAAUAAUCAUAAUCAUCAUCAUAAUCAUAACAAUCAUAAUCAUCAUAAUAAUUAUCAUCAAAAUAAUCAUAAUAAUAAUUCUAAUAAUAAUUCUAAUAAUCAUAAUGGAGAUUAUAAAUUAAAUCUAUCAGAUGCCAAAUUAAGUCGAGUUAAUAGACCAGGAUAUGCGAUAAGAAUUAAAGAUAAAUCAUAUGGUCCUUGUUUUGGUGAUAAAGAUUUAUGGAUGAAGAAUAAUUUUAAAGAUUAUGAUAGUUGUAGUAGUGAUAAAGAUGAUUAUUCCGAGAGGAUUACUUCUUUAAGUAAAUUUUGGGUGAUGGAAUAUGAAGUAUUUAAAGUUAUUAGAAAAUAA